CUCGGUAGUGUAGGAAUUUCCGGUUACGUCAGAGCGUCAGGACUCCAUUAGAGCUGCAGCUGAUUUGAGAGAAACAACAACAAAAACGGGCUAACUGUCAGCGCUCUUAUAGUGACAGUCCGUUCAGAGUCAGACACCGAGGCCUCAGAUCUGGAAGCUUAACCUAAAUUUCCCACCCGGAGCUCCGCCGGCUUCUAACCACGGCCGCUCUCGGUGAGGAAACUCUGGCCUCCGCUUCCUCCUCCUCCGACUCGGACACCGGCGGAGCGUCGCCGCCCCCGCGGAAGAAGCACCGAGCCUCGGCGGCGGAGGGAGCAGGAGAGCCCGGGGCUUCAGCGGUUAUAACAGGCCUCUCCGGAAUCGUUUUAGGACUUGCCACUCACUCUCCACACUCUCAAGCCACCUCUACCAUCCACUUUAACCGAAGUGUCGUCAACAACCUCAGCAGCAGUAUGCAGGCAAACGGGGCAGGACAGGGACAAGAUUCUUCAGAGCUCUCCUGCCUUAACAGCGCACAAAACGGGGAGUCAUCCUCGGCCGGAGGAACGCACUCCAACGGGCUUCUCUCCAGCACGGACAACGGGAAUAGCGUCGGUACCAGUAACGGGUCUUCGGCCGGGCCCGCUUCGGGGACUUCGGCUUCCUCCGCGGCUUCGGGCUCGGAGGUCGGCUCUCUGAAAAAGAAAAAACGACUAUCGCAGGCGGAGGAAGAUGUCAUACGAUUAAUAGGGCAACAUCUCCACGGACUGGGGCUGAAUCAGACAGUUGACCUGCUGAUGCAGGAAUCAGGCUGCCGACUGGAACACUCUUCUGCUACCAAAUUCCGCAACCAUGUCAUGGAGGGAGAGUGGGACAAGGCUGAGAAUGAUCUCAAUGAGCUGAGAGCACUGAUGCAUUCUCCCAAUGCCAUUGUGCGUAUGAAGUUCCUGUUGCUGCAGCAGAAGUACCUCGAAUAUCUGGAGGAUGGAAAAGUCCUGGAGGCUCUGCAGGUGCUCCGAGGAGAGCUGACGCCGCUCAAGUACAACACAGACCGCAUCCACGUACUCAGCGGGUACCUCAUGUGCAGCCACGCUGAGGACCUGAAGGCCAAGGCAGAGUGGGAGGGCAAAGGCACCGCGUCACGCUGCAGACUGCUGGACAAGUUACAGACGUACCUGCCGCCUUCUGUGAUGCUGCCCCCUCGGCGGAUGCAGACCCUCCUGCGGCAGGCGGUGGAGCUGCAGAGGGACCGCUGCCUCUAUCACAACACCAAGCUGGACAGUAAUCUGGACUCGGUCUCCCUCCUCCUCGAUCACGUCUGCAGCAGGAAGCAGUUCCCCUGUUACACUCAACAGAUUCUGACAGAGCACUGCAACGAGGUGUGGUUCUGCAAGUUCUCAAAUGACGGCACCAAGCUCGCCACCGGCUCCAAAGACACUACAGUCAUAAUUUGGCAAGUGGACCCGGAGAGCCACCAGUUGAAGCUGCUGCGGACCCUGGAGGGUCAUGCGUACGGCGUCUCUUAUUUAGCCUGGAGUCCGGAUGACACCUACCUGAUCGCCUGCGGACCCGACGACUGCUCCGAGCUGUGGCUCUGGAAUGUUCAGACGGGGGAGCUGCGGACCAAAAUGUCCCAGUCCCAUGAAGACAGUCUGACCAGCGUGGCCUGGAAUCCUGAUGGCAAACGCUUUGUCACCGGAGGACAGAGGGGGCAGUUUUAUCAGUGUGACCUAGACGGUAACCUGUUGGACUCCUGGGAGGGCGUGCGGGUGCAGUGUCUGUGGUGCCUGGGUGAUGGCAGAGCAGUGCUGGCCUCCGACACCCACCAACGUAUCAGGGGCUACAACUUCGAGGACCUUACGGACAGAAACAUAGUUCAGGAGGACCACCCCAUUAUGUCUUUUACUGUUUCAAAGAACGGAAGAUUAGCUUUGUUAAAUGUAGCAACUCAGGGAGUGCACCUGUGGGACCUUCAGGACCGAGUGCUGGUGAGGAAAUACCAAGGUGUGACCCAGGGCUUCUACACCAUCCACUCCUGCUUCGGAGGACACAACGAAGACUUUAUCGCCAGCGGCAGCGAAGACCACAAAGUGUACAUCUGGCACAGGCGUGGAGAACUGCCCAUCGCCGAGCUAACGGGCCACACGCGCACCGUCAACUGCGUGAGCUGGAACCCGGCCAUCCCGGGACUCAUGGCCUCCGCCUCAGAUGACGGCACCGUGCGCGUCUGGGGUCCCGCGCCCUUUCUCGACACACAAGAGGCGGACGGACUCACCGAAAACUGCAGUAACAUGGACAGUUGAUAGUCACUUAUGGAGCAGAUGACAUCUGUCUUUAACAACAAUCCAAGAAUCCCAGAAUAAAACUAAAAUCUAAAACGGGCAAAUCCAAAUCCAACGCCGACCUAAAGCAAGAAAUAGCAAACAAAAAGUCACCAAGACAAAAGAGAAAACUAAAGUGAGUAAAAAUUUGUCUCCUGACGGGCCUUGAGAAAACGGUGGAGGUGACGCACGGACACCCUGAAAAUUCGGGUCCUCGACCAAAACCUGAUCCCCGACCAAGAGGAAAGCCAGUCGAUGCCCAGCGGGAUACGAACCCCGCUCCCCACUGGCGAGCUGGAGCGGCUUGUUGUCCUGAUCCAACCGACCCGUCUUCACCCCACCACCCCCCCCCCCUCCACCCCACCCCACACCCCCUGCUACAUGGUCACCGGCCAUGCAAGGGUCUUGGAGCCUGGAGCACAUCGAGUCCCAGCGAUGCCCCCAGACUGACGGCGCAGACCAGCCGUCUUCUCAUUGGACCGCAUCUGUCUGCCUGUUUGUCUCGCGCACCAUCGCCUGUAUGAUGUCUCCACGGACACGGGUGGGGUAUUGUUGGGGGGGAGGGUGGUGCGUAGGGGGAUAUAGCAACUCUUCUGUGUGUGUAUUCUCCUCUUCCCCCACGCUCUCGCUAUAUUCUUCGCAUUCGAUCAGUUGGAAGAAGGCUGAAAAAUCCGCCGUGGGGGGAAAAAAAACAACAAAAAAACUGACCGACCAGCUGACAAAGAACACAAAAAAAAGGCUAUGCUCAAUGUUGGAAUUUUUUUAUAAUAGUCAUAGCGUAAUUCUCAUUUAAGAGGUGAAUCUUAGCUGAAGUAGUGCCCGUGGAAAGCUUUAGCGCCAAGAUUCCACUUUGUGUUUCUCGACAUUAGAAAGAAAAAAAAAAAAAAACUUUUAAUUCCUUAAUUUAACUUCUAACAAAGACAGUGGCUGUAAUGUCUCCAGCUGACAUCCCUCCCCCCCCCUCCCCCAGUCUCACUCCCCUGCUCCCUGCCCCCCCCCCCCUUUUGUCGAGCUAUCUACCGCACAACUCCAUGACAUCUGCCUAGGAGGAGAUGGACGGAGGGAUUCACAGUUCACAUAUCAACGGCGGCUGGGGGGGGGGGGGGGGUCCACGUCCACGUCCACGUCCACGUCCACGUCCACUGUCAGGACACAUGCUUUGACCUUUACCCAAAAGACACGCUCUCGGAUGUGAAAGAGUUUCAAGUGCGAGUUGGACUGCACACCGGUGACUGCCCUCUGUGUGUGUGUGUGUGUGUGUGUGUGUGUGUGUGUGUGUGUGUGUGUGUGUGUGUGUGUGUGUGUGUGUGUGUGUGUGUGUGUGUGUGUGUGUGUGUGUGUGUGUGUGUGUGUGUGUGUGUGUGUGUGUGUGUGUGUGUGUGUGUGUGUGUGUGUGUGUGUGUGUGUGUGUGCGUGUGUGUGAGACCUGACAUUUGUUCGCGCAGGUGUAAUUGCCGCUUGUUUUUUUUGUUUUUUUGUAUGCGUGUUCAAUUCACACCAGCAGAAGGUUCACCCCCCCCCCUCCUCCUCCUCCUCCUCCUCCCCCCUCCGUGCUCCUAAUCCCGUAGUAAAAUUGUAAAGAGGAUUUUAAACCAAUUCUAAGUUAUCCAAAGCUCCGUCGGGACCUCUAUCUGUGGAACAAGGAAUAUGUGAGCACCGUUUUGCAAAAGAAAAUCUUUUCUUUAAUCUGGGGCUAUAAUUUUUACAUUCUAAUUUUUUUGUUGUUUUUCUCCUUUACCGAGUGGCCCUGAGUUAUUGGCAGCGGAUCGCCUAGUGUGGGUAAAAAGAAGAAGAAGAAGAAGAAGAGAAAAAAAAAAAGGAUGAGCAGUUUGAGUGAGGCAUGUUUAAAAAAAAAAAAAAGCUGUAAAACUGUUGUGUCAUUAGCGAAGGGGUCAUUUCAUAUGAGAAGUUAUUGAUUGUAAUUUGUGGACGAGUAGUAGUUGGCACGGCCGUAGAGACGAGAGGCACCAACAACCAGAAGCACCCCCCCCCCAACCCCCCCCCACGCUGUAAUCCUAAAACACACACACACACACACACUCUGCCUUCCUGUUCAUACAGUUGCACACAAAUCUUCGGUCCGUAUCCCCCCCCCCCCCCCCCCCCCUCCUCACCAACUGCACUGGCAUAAAUCCAGGAGCUAGUCACAGUCUUGUCCUCUCGGCCCGGUGGGGGACGGCUCACAGGUUUGGAAAUGGCACGGACUCUGAGCUGAAGGAAUGGAACCCUCGCCACGCCGCGGGCAGUGACCCGUCGUCCUGUAGACUUUGCGGAACUGAACGUGGGCCCCCCUCAGAGGGCAUAGCAGCACGAGGGCCACUCUUGGAACUUAGAGAGAAGUCAGCGUUACGUUAAACACCCCCCCCCCCCCCCCACACACCCCCACACCCCCCUCCCUUUGCUCUCUGGCCAAUUUAUUCUGUGCUCAAUGCGCCCCGUUCAAAGCUUUCUUCCUCCCUUUUUGAGGGUAUGUAAUGACUAUUUGCUACAGACUGAUAUACAGUAAAACAUGUUUAAAAUCAGCGCUUUUCUGUCUGUUUUUAUUGAACUUUUUUGUUACAUCAAUGUUUUUGUUCACAUUAUAUCAUUUUUUGGUUUACCUUUAUCCCUGUAUGAUCAUAUUAAAAUAUAACCAGACA